CGUCGAAAACCAUUCAAGAACCAAGCGCUAUACGCCGGUGAAAUAUUAUUUUUAUGAGGCGUAACGGCUUUAGCUCAAUCCUCUAAUAAUAUGGAGUUCGCCCCCUUCAUCGAUCCGGAGCCUGGUGCACUAGUGCAGCGAUAUUCAUGGGAGAUUGACUCCAUUCCGCGACCCGAGACUGCCAGCGCGGAGUUCAACCAACUCCAAGCGGACAUCGUAUACGAGAGGAAUAGGAGAGCAAACGAGAUAAAAGAUGAAAUAAAGCGGAUCGCAAAUAUCUCAGCGGAUAGACCGGAGGAUGAGGUCGCCUUGUUCCAGACACAGCAUGAGCUGUCUGAAUGUAUGAAAAGUUUCCAAAAGCUGGUUCCAGGUUCUUCCACGGCAAAUUCCCUCCCCACUAGCUGGGGUGAGGUUGAAAAAACUGUUCAGGAGGUACAGGCGCAAUGGGAAACCCGGAAGAAGGAAACGCACCUUGAGAAGGCCAAGAGCUGCCUCCGAAGGAUGUGCAACGGACUGAGUAAUCACUCCGCGAUACUCAAGCUGAUUCCGUCAGAGAGUGUAUAUACCUCGCUCAUUGCUGGAUCUGUGACGAUGAUCAUCAAGGCAUCAGCAAACCACAUUAACAUCACAGAGGCCUUCGCACAAGGAAUUGUGGUCAUCAACGACGCAGUCAGCAUAGCCCAGAAGAGCCAAGUAUUUAACACCACGGCUCUUCAACAGUUGGUUAUGCGUCUGUACUCACAGGUAUUUACAUAUCUGAUCAAGUUCAUGACUUGGUACACAGAUCGCAGCCGGACGAGAUUUUUGAAGAGUUUGAACGAAAAUAUUCAGCUCACCUUCCAGUCAGAUCUUGAUCGAGUCAAAGAGAUUUCCGAGCUUCUCAGCCGUCAUAUUCAGUUCCACAUGUCUGCUGAUGGGCGGGUCUCCAAAUUGAUGCUGGAGGAAACAAGCGGCGACAUGAAGUACCUGGUGAAACUUCAAGAAUCAAGCCAAAUCCAAGCCAGACUCCAGACCGAAGCCACUGCGAGUCUAGUUGAAAACAUGGUGCAUUCGCAGUUUCAAAAGUCCAGAGAAGAACUGAGAGAGGACAUGCGAAGCUUUGCAAAUGCCUUGCAUAUUGUGCUCCGACAGGAGAUAUCUGGGGCUGCCAUGACGAAUCUUCUGAUGCAACAAGCUACGCUCUCUAGUGUACACAGCAGAUCCGGGUCUGAUAGUUCCCUCACAUCUGACCAUACAAUGGCUUCUGCAGUCAACUUGGUCUCGCUAAACCAGAGAGGGGCCGAAAUCCAGUUCCAAUCUCGGCAAUAUGAAGAAUUCUUCGACUGGGAUCAAGUCCAUCUAUUUGGCGAAUCGUUCGAACCGAUUAUGGCCGACUCUACCUUGGUCAUGCGACUGAGGGCCUUUACAGAAACGAUGGAGUCGCAGAUUAUGUAUGCCCACGAUCGUUACCAAGGAACCGAGUCCAAUUCCCUGGCGAAAGUCAUCUCAAAGUACAUAUCACUGGCUCGAGAGACCAACGUUCCCGUGGUUUCAUAUUUUUGCCGGAUAUCAUCUGAAGAAGCCCCCCCGAACAGAACCAAGGAGUCCAUCGAGCUGUCUGCACUGCUAUACGCAAUGAUCCGGCAGGUAGUCAACCUCCUGCCUGCAGAGUUGGAUAAGAACGCGCCAAUUUUUGACCAGACAAGACUAGCAAGCCUUGAUGGGACGCUACGCACGUGGGACGGCGCAGUGUCACUUUUCAGGGACCUUGUAAACUCCGUGCGUCUGCCUAUGCUUCUCGUCGUCAUUGACGGUCUUAUCUUUUUAGAAGAUGACUUUGAACACAGCACAGACGGGAAGAUGGAGAAACUUAUCCUCUGCUUGAAAGAUUUAGUUGAUUCUAGCGAGGCCGAUGGUCGGAUUCUCAAGGUUCUGUUCACUACAGAAGGGCUAUCGGAACCGCUUUGUCAGGAGUUAGAUGAAAGGGAUAUAGUCGCUUGUAACCCACUUUCACUGGGGAGAGUAGGAAGACCACCAAGGUCAGGUCAGGUAGUUUCUUUCUAA